GUGGCGCCUAAAACGCAUCUAGCAACGCCGCGUGAAAUGGAGGGCGAGGUCAGCGUGCUGCUGGUCAUUACCGUGAUCAUCGGCACGAUCUUGAUGACCUCGCUGCUGGCCUGUUACAUCUGCGUGUUUCGACAGCUGUGCUGCUCCCGGGAUAUGGAUCUCGAUCGGAGCUACAGUACCCGUGGUUCCAAGCGUACGUUACGGGACAGCACCAAUCUGGCGGAGAUCACCAACAUUACCAGCCAACAGACGGAGAUCGAGAAGGUUUAGCUAAGGGCGGGCGAAGAGGCCAUCACUUCGCUC